AUGAAAAUCAAAAGGUUAGCUAGAGAAGUAAGGGAAACUACAAGAGGGGAGGAUGGGAAUCUGCAACGAGUUAACAUUUCACUGGUUUGGCAACCUCCUCUUGAUCAGUGGGUCAAGCUUAAUAUUGAUGGAACCUCGCAAGGUAACUUUGGACCUGCUAGUUUUGCAGGGGUGUUUAGAGAUAGUGUGGGUGGUUGGAUCUUGGGAUAUGGGUGCAAGUUGAGAACUGUCAAAGCGAUUCAGGCAGAGGUGGAAGCUAUUCUUAUGGGACUCCAGAUAGCUAAGAGGAAGAGAAUCCCCAAGCUUAUCAUUAAGAGUGACUCGCAAGGGGCCAUUGAGUUAGUUAGAAAUCCCCCGAAGUUCCAUCCCAAAAAGGGUAAAAUAGCAGAGACAAAAUCAAAGACGCCAUCGAUGCAAUCAUCCACACAGAAUCUUCCUGGCUUCAAGAAAUCCGUUAAACUGAAGUAUGUAAAGCUUGGUUAUCAUUACCUCAUAACCCAUGGAAUGUACCUCUUUUUUUCCCCUCUUGUGGGAAUUAUACUUGCGGAGCUGUCCACUUUCACAAUAAAAGAUGUUUAUGAUAUUUGGGAGCAUCUACAAUAUAACUUGGUAUUUCUUAUUCUAUGCUCCAACCUCCUUGUAUUUUUAACAACCUUAUACUUUGUGACUCGACCGCGGCCGGUGUACCUUAUCGAUUUUUCCACCUACAAGGCCAAAGAAUCUAUGCAAUGCUCAAAACAAAGAUUUAUGGAGCAAUCUCGAAUGAGUGGUUUUUUCACAGAGGAAAAUCUCGAAUUCCAACGAAAAAUUCUUGAGAGAUCUGGUCUUGGGGACAACACUUAUCUUCCUGAGGCUGUCCUUUGCAUUCCUCCAAACCCUUCAAUGAGUACAGCUAGGAAAGAAGCCGAGGAUGUAAUGUUUGGUGCAAUGGAUGAUCUGUUAGCAAAGACUUCAAUAAAUCCAAAAGACAUUGGGAUUUUGAUUGUAAAUUGUAGCCUGUUCAAUCCAACUCCAUCCCUGUCUGCAAAUAUUAUCAAUCACUAUAAGCUCCGAGGGAAUAUAAAGAGCUUUAACUUGGGUGGAAUGGGGUGUAGUGCUGGAGUUAUAUCGAUUGAUCUUGCUAAAGAUCUUCUCCAAGUACAUCCCAACUCAUAUGCAUUGGUAGUUAGUACGGAGAACAUUACUUUGAAUUGGUAUACUGGAAAUGAUCGAUCGAAACUCGUCUCAAAUUGUUUGUUCCGUGUGGGAGGAGCUGCAAUUCUACUUUCCAACAAAAGAUCCGACUGGAGACGGUCGAAAUACCAAUUGUUUCACACUGUUCGCACGAACAAGGCCAGUGAAGACAAGAGCUUUAGCUGCGUUACACAAGAAGAUGAUGCCAAUGGCAAAGUUGGUGUCACAUUAUCAAAAGACCUUAUGACAAUUGCAGGGGAUGCUUUGAAAUCCAACAUCACCACAUUAGGCCCUCUUGUGCUUCCAACAUCUGAGCAAUUGCUAUUCUUUGCAACAUUGGUUGCCAAGAAACUUUUAAAGAUGAAAGUCAAAGCAUAUAUUCCAGAUUUCAAGCUUGCAUUCGAACACUUUUGCAUUCACGCAGGAGGCAGGGCCGUUUUGGAUGAGUUGGAGAAGAACUUGCAGCUAUCUCCAUGGCAUAUGGAGCCAUCCAGAAUGACCCUUUAUCGUUUUGGAAACACGUCUAGCAGCUCGUUAUGGUAUGAAUUGGCUUACACAGAAGCCAAAGGAAGGGUCAAAAAGGGUGAUAGAGUAUGGCAAAUAGCAUUUGGUUCUGGAUUCAAGUGCAAUAGUGCAGUAUGGAAAGCUCUCAAGACCAUUAACCCUAUUAAAGAAAAAAAUCCUUGGACUGAUGAGAUCCACAACUUCCCAAUUGAGGUUCCAAGGGUUUCAUCAUUGUAAUUCUGAAC